GCCGGCUUAUCAAGGAGGUUGGUUGUAGUGUCCGGGGGAAGCAUUUCCACUGGGUUGCUUUUGAAACGACUUUUUAAAAAGUAUUUGGACAGCCUUAAUUGAAUUUAGGUGUGAUUCCGAGCAAGAAGGGUCUCCGAGGAUGGGGUUACGUACACCUCACAGAUGACGCUCUUAAGGUCCCUUUGCUCUUUGUUUUGGCUUCUUUUUUUUUCCUUGAUUUACUCUGGGGUUUGACUACCUAAUUUCUUCACUUUGUUUUCACUCUGUUUCAUCUAUUUCAUUCUCGUGUGUCUUUCGUUCAUAUUCUUCCCGAGGUUUUGCGCUCGUUCUCCUAUUUUGAUAUUCUUUACUUGUUUUUCUCAUCAUUUCGUACACUCUUUAUCAUUUUUUUUUGUUUCUUUUUUAUCUUAUUUUAUUUUUAUUUUCUUUGCCUCGUCAUUAUUCCUUCUCUUUUAUUCCCUCAUCUAGAGGCAUUUUUGUGGAUUCCUUGCGGUCAUCUACGGUUCCCACAAGAUGGCCGUACCGCGAGUAUACGCAAGGGUAGUAAAGAAGGCAAGUAUAUCAUUUGUUUUCUGUAUGCUUCUUCUUCUCUCCAUCGCCGCUUAUUCCCAUCGUCAUUCUGCGCUUGUCUCUUCCCAUUCCGAUGCCUCGCUUUUGGUUUCUUCGUCUUUAAGUGUCAUGUCUGAACAGGUUACUAGUUCUGUGCCUUCUUCCUCCGUUUCUUCUGUUCCUUCCAAUUCCACUCUUUCCUCUUCUGCUCCUCCCCUCUUCGUCGUCGCUCCAAUAACCAACCCCAAAAUGGCAGUUCAUAAAAAACGAGAAUUCAGCGAAGGAAAACAGGAAACGGAGACAACACAAGACCAAAGAAAACGGGAUGCUCCAAGAAACAUUCCCCAUUCAUCUUCAACGCAGCUUAAUGGGGAAGGGAAGGAGGGAGGAGCUGUCCGGCGUUCCGACCCCUCUUCCGCCUCCAUUCCUGCCGCUAAUCUGAAAAACAGAACGAAGCUCGUCCUCGAAACAACGAGGAAAAGCAAACACCUCUGGCCGGGAGACGCGCAGUGUAGCCAAUUCAAGGUGAACUUCGCCGCCGCCGCCUCGCUUUCUCCGUGCGCUCUCGCUUCUUACCCUGGUUCUGGCAACACCUGGACCCGCUACCUGCUGGAGGCUGCCUCUGGCGUGUUUACUGGCUCUAUUUACCGCGACCACCAGCUGUAUCUGCACGGCUACUACGGAGAGCUGGACGACCAUGCAGCCGGGACAACGAUCGCGCAGAAAACCCACGACUGCGGACCGACUCACGUGAAGGCGUUUCGAGGCACGGCCGUCCUGCUGCUUCGAAAUCCGUACCGAGCCAUCCUUUCUUUCCACAAUUACCUUUUCGGCGGACAUACGGGGUAUGCUCCCCUGGCUAACUAUAGAAGGAAAGACUGGGGCGCCUUCGUGAAGCUGCAGGCCAAGGCGUGGCUAGAGAUGGCGGUCAACUGGACGACGCAGGCGGAGGCAGGUCGCCUUCGGGUCCUGCACUACGAGGAGCUGAAGGAGGACCCGAUCCCGUUGCUCGAGGACGUCCUUCGCUUCCGUGGCCUUGACGUGGAUCCGCUGAGGCUGAAGUGCUUGAAGAGCCACACCAACAAAAAGUUUAAGAGGCGCGAGGAGUUCAUACCGGCUGGUCUGGAAAUAUUUAGUCAUGAGGACCGUGAUAAGAUAGACCGAGCAAUUCGCUACGUGGACUACCUCCUCAGACAACACAAGCAGCGACCAGUUCCUUUUCACCUCUACGAGUUCUACAAUGGGACCGAUUCCUCAAAAAUGACAGUGGUAACUUGCAAGGAAGGGGAGACGAAACUACAGUGUGAAAACAGGGUUGAUAUGAUGAACAAAUACAAUCUCAAGGCAACGGAGAAGAGAUCAGAAGAAAAGAAGAAGACCGGAUUGGAUAGAUUCGUCAAAACGAAAGUGGGUGAAGCAGUCACCGGCGUCUUCUCAAGCCUCGUGAAGAUCUUUUCCCAAGACCCCCUCGAUGCCAGCUUACAUGAUCCUUCUAACUUGAAGCCCCUCCACCUCCGGCAAGUGGCAGGAGCUCCAGUGGACGCGAGGCAGCUCAUAAUGGAUUUCGAUCCUGUUAAGUCUAUUGCCAAGAGAGGGCGUUGAAACGAGCGAGGCUGUGAUUUGAUGUAAGACGAGGAUGCUGAGAAGAAAGGAGAAAGGGGGAGUGAAAAAAGAGAAGGGUUUAAAAGAAAGAGAAGAGGAAGUGAAGAAGGGUGAACGGAGGAGGAAAAGAAGGGUUUAAAGUAAGAGGAGGAUGAGGAGAGAAGCAGAGGCGAGAGGAGGAAGGACGGGAGGUUUUAUCCCUAAAAAAAAAAUGUGAUUUAAUCGUAAGUGUACUAGAAUUGAUGCUUAUAGAUGGUAUUAGAAGAAGGAAAAAUGACUGAUUAGUGGAACGUUUGUAUUUGGGAAGUAGAAGGAUGGAUAGCUGUUAAUAAGAUAAACAUGGAAAUAGAGCAAGAAGAGAAUACAGGGAGAGAGAGAGAGAAGAGAGGGACAGAGGUACAGUAGAGACACAGGAGAAGACAUCAUUUACUUGAAGAAAACGUGAUGCUAUUCGACUUUGAAAGGAAAUCGACACGAAGAUAAUAGUCAUUUUGGCCAAAGUUUCAGAUUAUAGAAUAGAUACUUAUGCCAUAUUUUCAAUAAUCGUUUUGGACCAUUCUCUUACAUUUAUAAUUGAUGCUAUUAAUGUAGGGGAUUUGUUCAUUGUGAUGUAAACUUUUUCAAUACCAAAAACUAGUGUUAUUUUGAUCUGAAUUAGUGUUAAUACAAGUGUAUGUACACAUUUGUAUGUAUAGUGGCAUGUCUAUAUCUAUAGCUAUAUCUCUGUCUAUAUGU